AUGGUCUUGGUAUUGCCAGUACCGAUGGUAUGGGGAUUACAGCUGCCAACAAAACGCAAACUGGCUGUUGGGGGUAUGUUCUUUCUGGGAGCAACGUAAGUUUUGAAGUCCUUCUUUCCGAUAAACUUUCAACACUAAGGACAAAUUAGGGUAUGUAUCGCUGGCAUCGCGCGUCUGGUAAUCUUCGAAAGAGAUCUUCCUACUUUUGGCUCUAUGGAUCAAAGAUGUGAGAAGUGCUCAGGACUAUUUAGGAAAUUAACAAAUCAAUACUGACCAUGAACCAGAUGUUGCCGCUGACACGAUCGUUUGGAGUUAUAUCGAGGCUUCCUUGGCAAUUUUUAGUGUAUGUCUACCUACAUUACGACCUCUUUUCCAGAGGUCUGUCGAAGACAACUGGAGGGUCAUAAACCUAUGGCAGUAAUGUUACUUCAAACCGCACGUAUUCUUUGAAGAUACUACACAGAACCAGAGAUGGACAUUCCAGGUUCGAUGAAGAAAGCACAACCGGCUUUGCCAACAACUUCGAAUGGGAUAGCCCUACCGUCGACAGAGAUGCAAAUCUCGGCACUAGCACUCAGAUUGAGAGCAAGCGAUCAGCUUCUUUGGAAGCUAAAAAAGACCCCGAUGGAAUUAGGGUUGAACGUCAUUUCUCUAAUGCAAGAGAGCCAUACAGGUGA